UGCCUGUUUAUUAAAAUGUGCGACGCGCAAAAAUCAGCUUUCAACACAUAUACCGGAGCCAAUUAAUGAAAACAUCAACGAAGAGAAUAAAGAGCGCACAGGGUGCUUGGGAUGCGGGAGCGGCGUUGCUAAGCAGCAUCUGGGCCGCGGUCCUGGAGAGCAUCAUAGCUGCGCGGCCGCCAGCGGAAGAUCGGCUACAGCUGCGGUGGGGACGGACGGGGGGUCGUCCGCAGUUGUUGCGAGUCUGUGAUGCCGCGAACCUGUUUCUUUCCACUGAUGUAAACGGUCCAUUUCCCAGCGCUCCGCUGCGCCUAAUGAAACGCCGUCAGGGAGGGAGACGGAGCUCCAUGCAAGCCGUGCUGCCGAUCGGCCAACACCGCAUUCGUCCAUUAGCUUCCCGCCCCGUGAGACCUGCAGACUAUGGGGUCCCCUUUCCGGAGUGAGGAGAUGUGCCUGGCACAGCUGUUCCUGCAGUCGGGCUCCGCGUAUGACUGCAUCAGCGAGCUAGGGGAGCUGGCCCUGGUUGAGUUCCGUGAUCUCAACCCCACUGUCAGCUCCUUCCAGCGCAAAUUUGUCGGGGAGAUCAAGCGCUGCGAGGAGAUGGAGAGGAUCCUUGGGUACCUGCUGAGGGAGAUCAGGAAGGCUAACAUCCCAGUACCAGAGGCAGAGGUCAGGCCUUUGGCUCCACAACCCAGACAUGUCCUGGAGAUAAGGGAGCAGCUCCAGCGGCUCGAGGUGGAGCUGAGGGAGGUGGCCACGAACAAGGAGAAGCUGCAGAAGAACCUUCUGGAGCUGACAGAGUACACACACAUGCUGAAGGUCACCCACACAUUUGUGAAGCGCAAUGCUGAGCGUGAGCCUUUGGGUCCUCAAUAUGAAGAGUUCCCCUCGCUGGAGAAGGACUCUGUGACAGGCUACACCAGCAUGCAGCGUCUGGGAGCGAAGCUGGGGUUUAUCUCUGGGCUCAUCCCCCGUGUGAAGGUAGAGGCGUUUGAGCGCCUCUUGUGGCGGGUGUGUAAGGGGUACAUGAUCCUCAGCUGCUCAGAGAUGGAGGACAGCCUCAAGGAUCCUGUCACGGGGGAAAGCACGGAGACCGUUGUCUUCCUCAUCUCAUUUUGGGGUGACCAGAUUGGGCAGAAGGUCCAGAAGAUAUGUCAGAGCUACCACUGCCACCUGUACCCCCACCCCGAGAGCGACGAAGAGCGAUGUGAUGUGAUGGAGAGUCUGGCCACCCGCAUCCAGGACCUGCACACUGUGCUCAGUAGGACUGAGGAGUAUCUGAGGCAAGUCCUGAACAAGGCCUCUGAGUCUGUCUACACGUGGGCCAUCCAGGUGCAAAAGAUGAAGGCCAUCUACCACACUUUGAACAUGUGCAGCUUUGAUGUCACCAACAAAUGCCUGAUCGCAGAGGUGUGGUGCCCCGUGUCGGCCUUGACCACCUUGCGAGGUGCACUGGAGGAGGGCUCGAGAAAAAGUGGAGCUGUGGUUCCCUCCUUUGUAAAUCGGAUCCCAUGCAGUGAAACACCCCCCACCCUCCUCCACACCAACAAAUUUACCUCCGGCUUCCAGAACAUUGUGGAUGCUUACGGAGUGGGGAGCUACAGGGAGGUCAAUCCAGCUCCAUACACCGUCAUCACCUUUCCCUUCCUGUUUGCCGUCAUGUUUGGGGACAUGGGUCAUGGAGCCGUGAUGACUGUCUUCGCCUUGUGGAUGCUCGUGCAGGAGAAGAGUCCGACUGUGAAGUGCCAUAGGAAUGAGAUAUGGAGAAUUCUUUUUGAGGGACGCUACAUAAUUCUGAUGAUGGGAUUCUUUUCCAUGUACACGGGGCUCAUCUACAACGACUGCUUCUCCAAGUCACUGAACAUCUUCGGCUCAAGCUGGAGCGUGAGGGCUAUGUUCACCCAGGGCCCAUGGAUGAAUAAAACUCUCCACACAAACAGCCUCCUCACGCUUGACCCUAACAUCACAGGUGUCUUCGGUGGACCGUACCCUGUGGGAAUUGAUCCAAUUUGGAACUUAGCUUCAAACCGUCUCACAUUCCUCAACUCCUAUAAGAUGAAGAUGUCCAUCAUCCUAGGAGUUUGCCACAUGACCUUUGGGGUCAUCCUAGGGGUGUUCAACCACAUCUAUUUCAGGCGUAAAUUCGCCCUGUUCCUGUUAUUCCUGCCAGAACUGCUCUUCCUAUUGUGCCUCUUUGGCUAUCUGGUCUUCAUGGUGGUCUACAAGUGGUUGGCAUUCUCAGCGCGGGACUCCUGGCUGGCACCCAGUAUCCUCGUCCACUUCAUCAGUAUGUUCCUAAUGCAGGGACAGGCUCUGGAGCCCCUCUACCCAGGCCAGACAGGCCUGCAGGUGUUCCUGCUGCUCGUGGCAUUCCUGUCCAUCCCAGUUCUGCUUCUGGGAAAACCACUGUACCUUUACUGGCUACACCAGGGGGACAGGAGCCUGGGGGUGUACCGGGGCUAUGAACGGGUGCGUCGCGGCAGUGAGGAUGACAUGUCUGUGAUGCGGGACCAUGACGCAGAAGAAGGAGGAGUCCACAGUGAUCCUGCCAGCAGGGAGACUCAGCCAGAGUUUGAUCUGGGAGAGGUGGUACUACACCAGUCUAUCCACACUAUGGAGUACUGCCUAGGCUGCAUCAGCAACAGCGCCUCCUACCUGCGGCUCUGGGCAUUGAGCCUGGCACAUGCGCAGCUGUCGGAGGUGCUCUGGUCCAUGGUGAUGCGUCCUGCCCUGCGGCUGGACUCUGGCACCGCCACCUUCCUCCUGGUGCCUGUUCUGGGUGUGUUCGCCACGCUCACAGUGACCAUCCUGCUGCUGAUGGAGGGUCUGUCCGCCUUCCUGCACGCUCUCCGGCUGCACUGGGUGGAGUUCCAGAACAAGUUCUACAGCGGUGCUGGCAUAAAGUUCGUCCCGUUCUCCUUCUCCCUCCUGCCCUCUGUCCUGGAGCAGGACAGCUUUCUGUCUGACUGACUGAAUGUGACUGAAGUGUAUCCUCUCUGCCGUCGCUCUGGCAACACUGCGCCACUGCUCCGCAGUUUGGACCAGCAGAAUCAUGUCUUCAGUCUUCGAUGUCUGAUUUUCUUUAAUUGUUUGUUAAAUUUGACUGUGCACACCCCCACCUAAUUGGAGGCAGGGGUGUGUGUUUUAUAUACAGUCUGCCAAACCCAUGGCUUUCUUAGUACAGGUAAUGUGGCACCGACUGGAAGAGAACCAACAUCCUGCGGUUCCUAUUUGGUCUGUAGGAGGUACUGUUGCUAUCUGCAGCCAACUGUGGGGGCUGCGGCAGGCAUUCAGAAACUGCCGCUGAUGAAUGCCACACCCUGAUGGGCCCGUGUGUGCGAAGUGCCAGAUUCCCUCUGGACAGGACUUACUGCUCCGCUCUGCACUGCAGUGAUACCGUGAGACCGGCCCUCAGACAGCUUGCCUUCUCUCGUGUGCUUCGCACGGGGAGGCCAGCUUGCUUUCUCUUGUGUGCUUCGCACGGGGGGGCAGCUUGCUUUCUCUCGUGUGCUUCGCACGGGGGGGCAGCUUGCUUUCUCUCGUGUGUUUUGCACAGGGGGGGCAGCUUGCUUUCUCUCUUUUCGUGUGCUUCGCACGGUGAGGCCAGCUUGCUUUCUCUCGUGUGCUUUGCACGGUGGGGCCAGCUUGCUUUCUCUCGUGUGCUUCGCACGGUGAGGCCAGCUUGCUUUCUCUCGUGUGCUUUGCACAGAGGGGCCAGCUUGCUUUCUCUCGUGUGCCUUGCACGGUGGGGCCAGCUUGCUUUCUCUCGUUUGCUUCGCACGGGGAGGCCAGCUUGCUUUCUCUCGUGUGCUUCGCACGGGGAGGCCAGCUUGCUUUCUCUCGUGUGCUUCGCACGGGGAGGCCAGCUUGCUUUCUCUCGUGUGCUUCACACGUGGAGGCCUGGAGUCAAAGUGGCCGGAAAGCAGCUGGCGGCUGGUACUUUCCACAGAGUCUCUGCCAUCAUCCACUGUUGUCUAUGAAGUGGAUGUUCAGCAGGAAGGCUUACAGGCUGCCGUAGAUGAGGGGUGGUGCUGUGAGGCCUGAAUAUCACUGAGCGGACAUGUAUGGUUCUGGAAAAAAUUAAGAGACCAGAGCAAAAUUUUCAGUUUCACUUAUUUCUCAACUAAAGCGCCUGUGUAAAAUAUAUUUUUUUUGCAAACUCCAGCCUGGCUCUUCCCUGCUUUUCAUUGUUGAAGGGCUUCUUCCUUGGUUCCUUUUGAAGGUCACUUGAGGUCAUCGUCCGAUUUAUGAGGCACUGCCGGAUAAGUUGAUGGUCAUCUCCGGCAUUAGAAAGUUCCUUCUGUCUUCUACUUGGCUGGUUUUUGGUCAUUGUCUGUGUCUCCUGCUUCACCUUGUUCUUGUGUACUGCUGACUUAGAAACUUUGAGCCUGGAAGCAGCCUGCCUCACAGUGUAGCCUUCUGCCAGCAGCACCAGGAUUAAUCCAGCAUUUAAAAAUGCAUAUUUUAAAAAAUAUAUAGCCUAUAGUGUGGUCUCUGCAUUUUUUCCAGAACUAUAUGUGUGAAUAGGAGCGUCAAACACUAUUCUGUCCACAAGAGGGAGCCAGUAUAACAGCUUGUGUGCGUCACACAAGUGAAAUUAGGAGUGAAAAUAAUCUCUGAUUUUAGUGUUUUUUGUUUUAAUAUUAGAGUUAUAUGUUCACUUACAUUUCUGUUAUAUGAUCAUUGUGCUAUUGCUAAUGCACUGGAUAUCCAGACAGGAGACUGUGGCCAUCUGGGCCGUCUGGCUAUAUAUGAACCAGUUCUGUGUUUUGCCUAAUUAUAAGCUAAUAAACCUCAUUACUUUCA